UCGCGAUCCUCAAGAAUAAAGGAUUGAUGGUGUAUAUAUGUACAUGAAUGCGUUUUUAGGACCUGGUGUCAUGCCCGCGCCGCGCUACACUCAGGCAUUCAGAUUCCAUUCCAGACAACCAGACGACCUCAAUCCCAGCGUCGAUCAGCUUCUGGGCACCUUCACAUUGCACAAAGUCUGUUGGCUCUCCCACACCGAUGAAGCAGCGCUUGAUUCCGACUUCAAUGAGUGAGUCGGCGCAUGGGGCCAGACCAGAUGUGCGAAUGGAGCACGGCUCGAGCGUUGUAUAAACAUCCAGCCGAGAUAAGAUAUCCUCCAGCGAUGUAUGCGGCAGCAGCGAGUGCAGCUGCUCAGGAGACAGAUUCCUCAGUUUUGCGAGUGCGUUCGCCUCUGCGUGUGUGUUGCCCGGCAGUUCUCUGGAGUACCCAGUCGAGACGACGGUGCAGUCUUGAUCUUGCGGGCCAGGAACGGUCAGUACACAGCCGACGCAAAAUGCAGUGACGACUGGUUCGCAUUUGCGCGCCUCUUCCAGAGCCAAUCGCAUUAUAGCGUAGUGUCGAUUGUUGGGAGCCAUACGAUUUGAUUUGACGAGCCCGAGAUUGUGGUGGGAGUUCGGAGCGAUAUACGCCUGGUGGCAGUGUCCUGCUUAGUCAGAACAACACCCACACGGCCAUACCUAGACCUUUGUGACUUCCCAACUUCUUCCAAUAUGGACUCCUUCGAGGACCCCAUUCUCGACGUCGACGACCCCAUGAAUGGGGAGCGUGAUGCAGAGGAGGAGGGCGAAGGCGAUGUUGUUUUGCCUGGGGCCGACAAUGACAGUUCUGAGGAGGAAGAAGAAGACGAGGAUGAGGCUCGUCGGGUGCGGGAGGGGUUUAUAGUCGACGAGGACGAUGAUGAGGAGGACGAAGAGGAAAAGCGGCGGCGCAAGCGACGAAAAAGGAAGCAUUCCCGGAGACGCGACGAUGAUGACGAGGAAGAGGGCCUGGAGGAAGACGAUCUCGACCUCCUCGAGGAAAACACGGGCGCAUCUCACAAAAGGCAGAAGAACCGUCUAACGCGUCUCCGCCGUGGUCGUGAUUCGGAGAGCCCUGUGGCUUCCUCCUCCAGACGGCAGAAUGUGAUCGAAUCCUCGGACGAGGACCUGGACCGUGACGAAAACUUGCCCUCGGUCCAGGACGUUCAGCGUAUCUGGGACAAGGAUGACGAUACGGACGACGGGGAGCUGGAUAUGGAUGACUUCAUCGACGACUCGGACCAAGAGGGCGACGAGGCCGAGAAAGCUCGACGACGACAGGACCGUAUGGAAAAGGAACGUCUUCGGAGGUCUCGCGCCAAGCCGGAACUUGCGGGAAUUGACGCACUCGCUUGGGAUGAAAUCCAUGAUGUGUUUGGAGAUGGCCACGAAUUUGACUGGGCACUAGUGGAAGAGGAUGAGGGUCCUGCUUUAGAUGAAGUAGGGAGGCAGGAUGCCAAGUUUACGGAUGUGGGUCUUUCCUUCGGUCACUCAGUUGCAGCGCUCAGCAACGGACAGGUCUUCGAACCAUCUCAAAUUCGGCGGCUAUUCCUCAGUGAGGACGAUGACUUGGUCCGCGCUCAAGACAUCCCGGAGCGUAUGCAACUCUCUACUUCGAUGCUCUCCGCCACGGUAUUCGUCGCGCCUGUGAUCGCAUUCGGGCUGGAAGACAUUGACGAUGCUUCCAUGUGGGUCACUCAGCGAUUGUCCCCGGAACUGCUCUCGGAUUACUUCUCUGCAAAUGGCUCAAAGCAAGGGCUGAGGGGUUCCUUGGUCGCAGCUGUGUCCUCCAUUCUGAAGCAGCUGUUUAUCGAAAACGUGGAGGUUCCCUUCCUGUACAGUCACCGGCGGGAUCUGAUCUACCAUUUUGAUUCUGCACAAAUGCGGACGGGCUCCCAGCUACUCGAUCUGGAAGACUUGUGGCGCAUCUAUGCACUGGGCCAAAAGUAUCGCUCGUUACUGCAGAGACGACGGGACGUCGAUGAUGCUUAUGCUCGGCUGCAAGUGACAGAUGCGUAUUACGAGGAGGAGAUUAGAGCGAGGAGGGACAGUGUUGAUGUUGUUGCUGACACAUCCGAAUGGCUUACGAUGAAGUACAAAGACAAGAGGGAGGAAAGCGUUCGAUUCCGCUUCCAUGAUGACGAGGAUCCGGAAGAGGUUGUCGUCAAGCACAAGAUGCCGAGUCGGAUCUCUGCAUACGAAAUUGCGAAGAAGAGUGUCAUUUCUAAACUUGCUGAAGGAUUCGGAAUCCAAGCACACCAGGCUGUCCUCAACUUCCUCGCAAAUGACCGUGUACAUUUCGUGGACGACAACGACGUGAACCCGCUGAGCUAUGCUGAACAGUUUGCUAGCCCGGAUGGCUCCAAUCUGCUCAGUCCCGAAGAGCUUCUCAGCCGAGCGCGCAUGAUUUUGGCAACAGAAUUGGGCAAGGAUCCGCUGCUUCGCGACCAAAUGCGCAAGAUCUUCCAGACGGAUUCCAAGAUUUCCGUUGAGCCCACGGACCAGGGUGUGGCCAAGAUCACCCCGAGCGACCGGUUCUUCACAUUCAAGUAUCUGUUGAACAAGCCGGUAGCUCAGCUGAAGAACGGAGGCUCAUUUUUGUCCAUGUUGCAAGCCGAAGCCAAGAACUUGAUCGUCAUUUCCGUCACUCUUCCCCCCGAGACCAAAGCCAUGUUUGAACGGCGUCUGACCGAUGCUCUUUCGUCCGACAGCUUCAGCGAGACGACCAAGGCAUGGAACGAACAGGUUUCCCUCGUUGUGCAAGAAGUGUUGGACCAGCAUCUGCUCCCGAUGGGCCAGAAAUGGACGCGGGAAUACCUGCGCCAGGAGGCACAAGAGUCGGUUGCACGGCAAUGUGCGGCUGAGCUGCGCGAGGCACGUCGCAUCGAUGUUGCCCCGUUCACUGUGCGAGACAUGAAAGACACCCAACCUGCUGUUGUGACCGUAUCCUGGGGCAAAGGCGACCCGCACAAAGACGUCAUCUCCGUCGUCUUUCUCGAUUCCCGCGGACGUCUACGCGAACACACCAACCUGGACAACCUCACCGACGAAGCCGCGCGAGACGAGUUCAUUGAUCUGCUUCGGCGCCGGAAGCCUGACGUCAUCGGCGUCGGCGGCUUCAACAUGCUCACCCCCAAACUGUCUGCCCGAGUGAAGGAGAUUGUGCGGGGGAUGCACAGCAAUGAGCUGGAUGCGAUGCCACCUGUGAUCUACCCACGGGACGAUGUGGCGCGGCUAUUCCAGCACAGUCAGCGAGCGGACGACGAGUUUAGCUCACACACGACCUUGACCAAGUAUUGCGUCGGUUUGGCACGCUAUAUCCAGAGUCCGGUGAACGAGUAUGCCGCGCUAGGACCCGAUAUCGCGGCGAUCACUUUCGUGCCCGAUCAACAUAUGUUGAGCUCGGAUACCGUGAAAACUGCUUGCGAACAGGUUGUCAUCGACGUCGUGAACAAGAUCGGCGUGGACAUCAACCGAGCGGUGGGCGACGGAUACUACCAGACCCUUCUCCCCUUUGUCUGUGGACUGGGCCCACGGAAAUCUCUCCAAUUGGUCAAAGCCAUCGAACGUCAGGUAGCACUCGUCUUUAUCUUGCAGGACCGCUCCUCACUUUCUAAAACUUUUCGCCAGGGCGAGAAUGUCAGCAAUCGGGAGCAAUUCAUCAAGGCCGGGCUGUUGACGAAGACGCUGUUCAUCAACGCUGCCGGCUUCCUGCGCAUCUCGCAGCAGGAUGAAUACAAACCCGCCAAGUAUCGACCGGACGAUGAUCACGCCCCAGAUUCAUUGGACGACACUCGGAUUCACCCGGAAGACUACGAGCUGGCGCGCAAGAUGGCUAUGGACGCCCUCGAGUACGACGAGGAGGACGUUGCCGACCGGCAUCCGUCGUGGGUCGUGGAGCAAAUACUGGAAGACAACGAUAGCGAGCGGAAGCUGAACGAACUCAACUUGGACGACUUUGCGGUCAGUCUGUACCAAGAAAACAGGGAGCGGAAACGCCAGACGCUCGAUCUGAUCCGCCAGGAGCUGGUGCGGCCGUUCGUUGAGAAGCGUAAACGAUAUCCGAUCCUGAACGGCUGGCAAGUCCUCACCAUGCUGAGUGGUGAGACGCCUGCCGGCUUGUCCGACGGCCAACUCGUGACAGCGACCGUUCUCCGAGUCAAUCGUAGCGGGUAUAUCGCUCUCAAGCUGGACUCGGGGAUCGAAGGCGCGGUCGACCCGACUCAUCCGAACAACAUCCCGGGCGCUGAGCCGGAGAAGGGACGGCCGAUGACUUGCGCUGUGAGCAAGGUCACCGCAGAUCCCGACAACGACCACUUUUUCGUCGAUCUGCUCACACGGCCACUCGAUCUCUCCGGGGCCGAUCUGCGGAACUACUCGUACGAUCGGACUUACUGGGACCACUCGAGACACGACCGGGACUUUGAGCUACUGGCGCGGAAGAAGAGGGCCGAGGUCGACAAGAGCAGACGCGUGAUCAAGCACCCCAAUUUCCACAAUUUCAAUGCUGUCCAGGCCGAGGCGUACCUUGAAAACCAGUCCCGGGGCGAUCUUGUCAUCCGGCCGUCGUCGAAAGGAUUUAAUCACCUGGCUGUCACUUGGAAGGUUGAUGAUGGUCUGUACCAGCAUAUCGAUGUCGUCGAGCCAAACGCGGAUCCCACGGGCCAAACGGUCUCACAACUUCUUGUGGACGGUCACCGCAACUACGCCGAUCUCGACGAAUUGAUCGUGAAUCACGUGCAAGCGAUGGCUCGCAGAGUCGAGGAGCUGAUGGCCCACGACCGUUACAAGCAAGGCACCGAGGACGACCUGCACCUAUAUCUCAAAAACGCAUUGGCGGCAAAUCCCGGCAAAAGUAUGUAUGGAUUCACCCUCAACCGCAAGAGGCCAGGCCAUUUCAGUCUGUGUUUUCUGGCUAACAAAAACUCGGUCGUCCAAACUUGGCCCGUACGUGUGACACCCGAAGCCUACAUGCUCUUCGAUGCUCCGGCUGUUGGCGUCCCGGAGCUCUGCGAUGCAUUCAAAGUCCGGCAUCUGCACGAAUCGCAGUCGCAGGCCGCCGGAGGGAAGACUCCGUACGGCGCUGGGUCGCGCACUCCCGGUCGCGCGAUCGGAGGUGCCACGCCGGGACACAUCUCCGUCCGCCAGCCAGCGAGGACGCCGAAUCCCUAUGCCGGAGGAACGACACCGAGAUACGGAGGCGCGACUCCAGCGCCGAUCCCGCAGACGGCGUAUGGGAUGGUCCCGCCGGCCGGGUACAACGGUUACCAGACUCCUGCCCAGCGUCCUGGCCAGUUCCCACCCGGCCAGCCGCCUCUCCCCGCAGGCAUGAAUCCAGCGCGUGCCGCCAUGAUCCAGCAGUCCUCGGCAAGCGGGGCUUGGCCAUGAGCCAGUCUGUUCUCGCGUGUCCGACUUCUUGGUGUAUCCAUCUUACUUAUAUUCUCUCUGUCGUAAUUGUACACACACACAAAUAUAUAGCAAAUGCAGCUUCAGUACAAA